GAGACCCUAAACUCGCUCCUCUCGUCUCCUUUCUCCACGCACCACGGCGCCAGCCGCCUCUCUCCCUCUCUGUACCUCCUUGCGAUCAACACCGCCGGCGGCGGCGGCGGCGGCGGCGGCAAGAUGGUGAAGAAGAGUAAGAAAAGCAAAAGCAAGCGUGUCACGUUGAAGCAGAAGCACAAGGUGCUGCGCAAGGUGAAGGAGCACCACCGCAAGAAGCGCAAGGAGGCCAGGAAGGACGGCAAGAACCACAAGAGCAAGGUCGAGAAGGACCCCGGAAUCCCCAAUGAGUGGCCCUUCAAGGAGCAGGAGCUCAAGGCCCUCGAGGUGCGCCGGGCGCAGGCGCUCAAGGAGCUCGAGCUCAAGAAGGAGGCACGCAAGGAGAGGGCUCGGAAGAGGAAGCUUGGGUUGCCUGAGGAUGAAGAUUUGCCUGAGGAAAAGAAGGAUGCAGCAAAGGAGAAUGCUUCUUUAGAAUUGCCUAAGACCAACGAUCAUUCGGAGAGGGCCUUCUACAAGGAGCUGGUUAAAGUUAUUGAAGCUUCUGAUGUGAUUCUCGAGGUUCUUGAUGCAAGGGACCCGCUGGGUACUCGUUGCAUUGACAUGGAAAAGAUGGUUAGAAAGACUGAUCCAACUAAAAGGAUUGUGCUACUGCUUAAUAAGAUAGAUCUUGUUCCCAAGGAGUCAGUAGAGAAGUGGCUUACAUAUCUGAGGGAGGAAUUGCCAACUGUUGCGUUCAAGUGCAAUACCCAAGAGCAGAGGACCAAGCUAGGAUGGAAAUCAUCAAAGCUGGAUAAAACUAGCAAUGUUCCACAAAGGAGCGACUGUCUCGGCGCUGAGAAUCUGAUUAAAUUACUCAAGAAUUAUUCAAGGAGUCAUGAGCUCAAACUGGCAAUAACUGUGGGUAUUGUUGGGCUUCCUAAUGUUGGCAAGAGCAGUUUAAUCAACAGCUUGAAGAGGUCCCGUGUGGUUAAUGUCGGGUCCACUCCAGGGGUUACUAGAUCAAUGCAAGAAGUUCAAUUGGACAGGAAGGUGAAGCUGUUGGAUUGUCCUGGUGUUGUAAUGCUCAAAUCUUCCAACAGUGGUGUCUCUGUAGCCCUUCGCAACUGCAAAAGAGUCGAGAAGAUGGAAGAUCUAAUCAGUCCUGUUAAGGAAAUACUCAAUCUUUGUCCGCACGAGAAGUUGAUGUCUUUGUACAAUAUGCCAAGCUUUACUUCAGUUGACGAUUUUCUUCAAAAAGUUGCCACCCUCAGGGGGAAAUUGAAAAAGGGUGGUAUAGUGGAUGUUGAAGCUGCUGCAAAAAUUGUCCUUCAUGACUGGAAUGAGGGUAAAAUACCCUAUUACACACUGCCACCUAAAAGGGAUGCAGUGGAGGACUCGGAUGCAGUAAUUAUUUCAGAAGACGGGAAAGAAUUUAAUGUUGAUGAGAUUUACAAAGCUGAAUCUUCAUAUAUUAGUGGUCUAAAAUCUAUUUUGGAUUUUAGUCAUAUUGAGAUUCCAUCGAAUGCUCCACCAGAGAUUGAUGAAGAAAUGCUUGAGGAUGGCACUACGCAGGGCGAACCUGUCAAGGAAAACUGCGGCGUCGAGUCAAUGCCUGAUGUGAAGGACCCUGAAGGAAGUAAGCCAACUAGCGGUAGCAGCACGCAGCAUGACAAGUUGUACGCCGCCGAGGGUAUACUUGAUCCUCGCAAGAAGAAAGCAGAGAAGAAACGGCGCAAGGGAAAUAGCAAGUCCAGCCUGCUGAACGACAUGGACGCGGAUUACGAUUUCAACGUGGAUUACCAAAUGAAGGAUGCGCCUGCAGAUGAUGAUGAGAAGAACGGUGGAGGAGAUGAACCCGAGGCAAUGGCUGGUGUGGACGAUGCGUGAGAUAAACCUGCAAUCUGAGUCAUGAGAAUGCCAAGUAGAUGUAGCAUCAUGCUGCUCAUGGCUUGUCGAUUGCGUGCCAACAAUGGACGAGGGGAUUCAAAUUUUUGUACGCCGUUAGAUGAAUGAAGAAGAAUACGAAUGCUGCUUGUUUGAAUGAAGUCUCUGGCACGUACAUGUA